AUCCGAUAGUGGCACUGGCCUUUGAGCCGUAAAGCCGUCAAGCCGCGCGGAGAAUUGGUGCUGUGACGAAAUUGAUGGAUUGCAGCUUCACUGCCGUCACUCUUCCUCCCUCUGCUCAUUUCAACUCUACCGUGGGUGGGCGAUUCUUGGUCUCAUUUCAGGUCGGGCCUUCAGCACGCGCAGCAGGUGACGUUAUCCCGGAAGCUUGGUCGAACCCGCAGCCAGUCCCUCCCGCCUUGCUCCAGCCACGCUGUCUAUCACCAUCGCUCCGGCUGUCAACCACCCCCUCAGUGCUGCAAUCGCGCACCACCCAGCCAGCAUCUUUGUCGCAGUGUCUGUCUCGGUAGACAUCCUCUCACCUCCCUGGAUUGCAUGCGCUGUAGGAUAUAGCUGGCUUUGGGCUCCGCCCUAGUAGAGCUAGAGUGGUGUGCAUAUCCUAUACCCCGACUUUGAUACUACUCCAGCAUGUCCGGCCCAUUCCGCUUCCAGGCGGAAGAAGCUAGGUCACCACUCGACCGGAGCGCGUCGCCCUUCUCCGCAGGCCAGCCCGUGUCAUUCAAGACCAACGUCAAUCGUGCCAAAACAAAGAAAUGGGUGCAGGCGAAGAAGAACGCCUAUGAUGGCGAUGACUGGGGCGACUAUGACGAGUACGAUGAAUACGGCGUUAACCAGGAGCCGCAACAGUCACAAGCGCCGGCGCAGCGAUACUAUGCCCAGCGUCUAGAGCAGCCGUCGCGCAGCUUCACCGACCCUUCGCAACAGGCGCCUCUCCCAAAAGGCCGGAGGAAUUCAUUCGAGCACGGAGAAGAACAGCGCGCCUUCUCCUCGACGAUACCACACCCCCAGCACAAUUACGGCCAACAGCAUGAAGAGCCACGGAUACAGACAGAUGUUGGUGGCUAUGGUCAGGGCUACGACACAGGAGAGAGAGGCGACUUCAGCCCUUCUGCCAUGCCCCCGCCCCUUCAGACACGCAUAUCACAGGUCCCUGCUGAUUUCACUCCACCCAUCAACACCCAAUUCCCUCCUCGCAAGAGCAGCAUAGGCCAGGGAGACAUGCCAGCGCCGACUUCCCCGCGAUCUCGUCAGGGCAGUCAAUCCGACAAGCCGCUGCCCUUCAUCAGGCCAGCGGACAUCUACAAGCGGCAUGAGGAGGAGCGGCAACGUGCUUCACUAGAAUCGUCGCGACCAAGUCUGGACUCCCUAUCUUCCCCAACACGAGACAACAUCACCUCUCCUACAGAAGGUGGAAGAUCGCUGCAGCCCAUGGAAACUGUUGCCGAGCGCAAGAGCGAGUACUAUCUGCCUGACUACGAUGCAGCAGCCCCGCACCAAGACAAACCGCAAUUCCACCAAGACCAGUCUCUUGUGUCACCCCAGGAUGACCAGGGCCUACGGUCCGUCGUCGACCAAGCCUUCACUCGCGCUGAUGAAAACCGCUCGGUUCCGCCAACACCCAUAUCAAACGACAACGAUUCGAGUUCGGACCUGUUGAGAAGCAAUACUGGGAGUACGUCGGGGAUCAGUCCAAUUAUGAGCCGCGUACCCAGCUCUGCAACGUCUGCACUGAGGAACCGUAACCAGGCCGAAGGUAGUACGCCCGCUAUUGCAGAAGAACCUAGUGAAACUACGACGCCCAUCACCCAGCCAACAUCCGCCAAUGUUAUCGAGCCAAUGCACCACGUUCCACGGAAACCCUCGCCAGGUCACAAUCGCAACUUCUCCAACUCUUCCAUACCGCGCAGCGGCCUUGCUACGCCCACACGUGGUGACAGUCCUGCUCGUUCGCCUGUCUUAGCACCGAGCAGGGACGUGCCCGAACCAGAAUCCGCUCUUGUUACAACGGAAAGCAACGAGACGUCCGACGCGAUGGAGGGCGGUCUCCAAGGUCCAUCCUCUGCCUAUGCUACUCGCGAAGCAGACAUCGCCACUGCCGCGAGAAACGGGCCAGACAAUGGUGCGUCCGAACUCGGUGCAGCAGAGCUUCGGUCACAAGACACCUUCCUGGAGUCGCAUAAUGCGCAAAGCCCUGUCGACGAUGUUUUGCCGCGCGAUCGCUCCGAGUCUCCAAGCAAAGGCCGUGUGCAAGCGUUGGCUGGUAAAUUUGGAGAGGUAGCUUCGUCAAGACGUGGCUCCACACAAUCUAAUCGCUCAAGGAAUAGUAUUCAGUCGUGGGAACGGAGCAAUGACAACUCACGUGCGGGGUCUCCAACGAAGACUACUCAUUCGAGACACAGCAGUCCUGUCAAAGAAUUCCGCCCUCAUCUACCAGGCCAAUGGGAAUCGUACGCAACCACGGCUAUGACACCCUCAGAUCACGGUGAGCAAGAUCGUGGAUUGAGCCUCGACACCAAUGGCUCAAACUCACUCAAUAAAACUGACCUCACGCCAACAACGCCCAAGCACCCAGUCGCUGGCGUAUCUGCAGCGGGAACGGACACGUCCGAUCCGAUUGCUGCACUGAGAGAUGCUGGAGCCGCCAUGGUCAAUUCUAUACGCACGACCCUGGGAGCUGAUGAUAAUAUAUCCGAAAACCAACAGCAGCAGGAACGUCGUACCGACCACGGCAACGUUUACCUCCCUAGACCCCUUCAGUUGGAUCGUACGAUCACUAGCAACUCAAGUGCACCACCAACUCCCCCUGCAAAGGAUACACCAGAGUCAGAAUUCCCGCCACCAGCACCUCUGAAAGACCGAUCCUCACAGCCCUUCGAGAGCCAGUUCAAGCGACCAAGUCUUGACCCCCAAUUGAGUACUGAUCCGUCAGCUGAAGACCAAGAAAGCGAUCGUUUGCGCAAGGAGAUUGUCGCAAGCCUCAGUCCGUUCAAGGCUCCAGCGUCACCGGCUAGUGAAGCCAAUCGAUCCUCGCUUGCGCCCGUUAGCCCCGGCGCCAAUCGUGCCAGCUCUAUACUGCCAAGUGAGUAUGACACCUACUGGGCGGAAGAAGACCGCGCUUCUCGUCGGUCUUCGCACGAGACUGCACAACACUCUCAAGAUCAGCCGUCGGGAAAGACAGUAUCUUUUCUACCUCAGUCUGAGGAGCCGACAAAACCGGUGAUACUCAACCGAUUCAGCUGGGAGGCAAGCAACUCGCAACUGCAAACACCAGAAGAGCAAGCACAGGAUGUGCCCGUAGCAAACCCUACAGAAGCAUCAACAGCAGCUGUAGUAUCCUCCCCAGUCGAGCAAGUUGCAGCUCAGGAACGCCAAGAGUCGUCUGAACCUCUUCCCGACUCAUACUUCGGCCCAGAUCACACUGUCACGGUCACUAAACCGGAUUCUAUUAGUCAUACUGAUAUGCCACCACAACCGUCUUCUCCGCCCGUUGAUCAUGCACGCUCACUUACGAGCCCAAUCACUAGCCCUACUCGAGAGGACACACGCUCGCCGGGACUUCAUGUUGUCAACACGGAGCUCAAUCCAGAAGCCGUGGAUCUCCCUCCACGCUUCAGUGCGGAUCAUGAACCAUCGCCGACACUCAAAGAGCCAGACUUGAGUGAAAAACAACAACUCGAGCAGCCCACGGAACAUCCUGCCAUUCUGCCACCCGUUAGGGAUCCCCCAGCGCCCAUUGCUGUGCAGGAUACUUCACCUAUGUCGCCAACCACAGACAAGCCUCUGGGCGCUCGAGAGAUUGCAACACUGGCUACAGCUGCUGAGCGAAUCGAUGCCUACAAUGGAACCCGAGAGUACUGGGCGAAGUAUGAUCAUGGCCUUAAUGACUGGUUACACUCUGCGCUCGAAGCGAAUCCUGAUCUUGCUAUUCAGAGCUACCCAGUACAGCGAGCCCCUACAAGCUCGGUACGUCAUAGGCAUACUGGUUCUCUGGCCCUAUUUGGAAAGCUUGGAGGAUCAAGCAGCCACGAUGUGAGCACUGAACAGCAUAACAAUGCUAGCGUGCCAGUCCCUGCGAUCUCAAGCUCCCCCACCACUGCCGCACCCGCUAGCUCAGGAUUUGGUGGACGAAUAGCAAAUCAGCAGAUGCAGCUCAAAGGCAAGGACCUGCUUCAUACCGCCAACGUAUUAGGCGGGAAGGGCAUGACUAGCGCUAAGGGAUUAUUUGCGAAAGGCAAGAGUCGCUUCGGCCGCGAAAAGACUUCUCAUGCCCGGGCCGACUCCGCGCCUUCUUCCCGCGAAGCCUCCGAAGAACCCGAACUUGUGACACGAAGAUCAAGAGCAUCGACAGGACUGAAUUUGAUACGUUCCAAAACAGAGAAGGAAAAAGAAAAGAGUGAGGAACCCCCAAACGAAGAAAAGAAAAAGCGUCGGUUCUCGUUCUCGUCACAAUUCCGCCGUGCCAGUCGCUCCAGAAGCAGACCGAAUAGUGUAGCUUUACCGAAAGAUACCCCAUCGGUCUUUAGCUCGACACCUAAGACCUCGCCUCCCCGUGAGCUCCAUCACUAUUUGAUGGGCGAACGUCGACCGCAUUCUUUCCAUGCACCAGACUCUUGGGUCGGCACCCCACCUACUGCGCUUAACGAGUACUUUAGUACUACGCCGCCACGUCGAAGCUCCUCACAACCGCGGUUAGGCAUAUUGCCCUCUCCAGCAAAGAGUGCUUUUUCGAAUCCGGACAGAGACACAGCGGACCAUGUCCCUCCUGUUCCUCCUAUUCCAAGCGAAGUUGCUACCAAGCACUAUCGACGCAGGUCCAGUCAGGAUAGUGCGAGUCAUCGGAUGCUGCAGUCCGUUAUUCGACACUCAACGCCUCCGAUCGUGCCCAACAGGCACUCCAUGCCUGCAGCAAUUACGAUAAAUUCGAAUAACGAGUAUCGCCCAGUAUUCGCAGAGGACGACCCCCCGUCCAGUGCUCAAGAAAGAGCUGAUGACUAUAAGAUAUUACUGCGUGCUCCAGAGGGAUCUUUCCAACCGGAUCUGCCCACAGCCGAAUCUGGUGAUCUUCGACGUGAUGGCUUCCAGUUUGACUUCAGUGAUGAAGCGUCGAAGAGGGUUGAGCAUGACGACAUGGAUGAUGACGAUCAACCACCGCAAUUGAACCAUGAUCCACUACCAGUGUCUUCGCAACUUGAUCUACAGCAGUCAUUCAGGUAUAGCAACAAGCACAUGGAUGUAAGCGAUGAGGAUAGUGAUAAGGAGCCCGUUCGUGGAAGGGGGUUGGCUGUCUUACCAAUGCUGGAAACGAAGCAAAAGCCCGAUAGUAUCAGUCCUGUGCUACCCCCUGUUGGGCCGUCUCCUGGUGCUGUGUCAAACAUUAAUGACAAAGCAAUGGGUAUCAAGGAUGACGAAGAUACCCAUGGAGCUGGAAUUAUCAAGUACGAGAAUACGCCUUUUGUUCUGAUCCCACAGCAACCAGACGCUGUCGUUGCAACUGAACGACCAUCUGCAGAUACCAUUGGCGCCCCAGGCUCUCGAGAAAACCCUCAAAGUCUUGCAAAACAUCCGUCGGUUGAGCUUGAAUACAACACGUCUAUUCGUGGGAGCUCACCUAUUCUGCCUCAUCACAGGAUCAACGAGAUUUCCAGCGCAGAGCGACAAAUUGGGUAUAGAGAUCGCGCCUCCGAUGUUGAAUCACCUACUCUUGGUCUUCUUGAUGAUACCUUUCGUACUGGUAAAGUCCGACGGAUUCCCUCAUCGGAGGCCGAGGUAAUUGUUGCGCGCGAUGCAACACCUGCAUCAGAUACACUCGUCGAUGACAAAGAUGAUCAAACUGCGUCAAAACUUGAGAAGACAGAUGCAGAGCGUGCCUUCAGCCCCGUGUGGUUUGCCAAGAGUGAUUUGCAGCUGCCCGACACGAACACACGGGGUCUCGGGGAUGCAGACGAACGCGCGCAAGCCUGUGCAGCGACGUUUGCAGAGGAACCCGGCGAGAACGCAAGGAGUCCACCAGAAACCAUUGGCGAGAUUGCAGCCCCAGCCCAGCAACAAAUACGAGGGCAUGGGGAGACUUCGCUUAGCGACACCCUUGCGGGGGCCAAUGCUGCAACUGCUGACAGCGACACCUCGACGCGCCGCGUCUCUACGCCGCCUUCUCGGGGCGUCAACGCCGUUGAAGGAUAUCCCGCAUCUGAUCUGGUCGAUACAUCAUGGGACCACAGACACUCCACAAUUGAACCGCGCGUUGAUACAGACGAUUCUGAUAAGAUGAGAGAUGAAAGCGACCGCGUAACGCCCGUUGCGCAGGUUCCGCGCAUCACCCAGAAUGGCCCCGAGACACCCAAGGCUGAAGAACCGCACGACGAGAUUUCUCAUCCCACAAUGUCAAAUGGCUACUUCCGUGGCCAGGGCAACUUUCCAGACUUCAAACACCAAGCACAUCAACUGCAGGUCUCGAACAAUGCUACAACAGCUCCAGAGCGGUCAAGGUCCAUGCUCUCGCAAAUAUCUGCCAUGGUCUCAGACGACGGCAACAAUCCAUAUUCACAGACAUCUACUGGAAGAUCUACCCCGUCUACCAUUCGUCGAAUGCAACCAGACUCUACCAUGAAGCCUUCGGCGGCUCCACCACAGAUCCCUGAGGAAGUUUUAACGUCAUAUGGCGAUCAUACAGCGAAUGGCAGAGAUGAUGACUUCGAUCUUUAUGCAGAUCACAACGGAGUUGUCAAGGAUGUGCAAGACAAGAGUGGCCGGCCGUUGCGGCUUGCAGAUCUCCAAGUACCAGGAACAGCGCCACGACCACAGCCAUCAAGAUCUUCAACCUCCGACAUUGGGAGUGCACCAGCAUCUCGUGAUGGGGAGCAUCCAAGAUAUAGUUUUGAAAGGCCAAUGAGCUUCGUUUCAGGGCCUGAAGACCAGGAUGGUAAACCUCAAGACCAGAUCAACCAGGCCGCAGCCUCGAACGCAAUGCAGGUGCUACCAGCUCCUGAGCAGCACCGACAUCAACCACAACAAUCACGAAAUAUGGAGACAGUGUACUCGAUGAACCCGCCAGCAAGCAUGGCUCCGCCAUCAGAUCAAAUCACAUCGCGGUACCAACCAGUGCCUGCUCCAGGACCAAGCCCGUCGAAAAACAUUUUCCACGCUGUCAAGUCAAUCAAUCCUGGAAGCAAGACGAUUCAGCCAGCUAUUGACUCUUGGCGACCCUCGGGCGAAUCCGUUUCCCAGCAGGUGCUCUCUGAGAAUCCUAAUGUCAGUUACCAACCACCACCGACCAAUCAACCCUCAGACCAUAUGUUGCAUGAGCCGCAAAGGAGACCGAUGAUUCCCGGUCAACCAGUUUCGCAGGAUGCUCAGAGUUACCCGCAGGCACAAGUGGGAUCCCGUGAGAUUCAGGCGCAUACGCAGGGCAGUGUACCAAGGAACCAGUUUGAACAUCAUCAGCAGAUGAUGCAGAGGCAAGCACAAUACCCUCGACAUCAAGAUGCAGAGUUCAGACCACCUACUACUCGUUCACAUCCGUCUGCCGAACAAGUACCAAGACAACAAGAGAAGCCAUCGAAACCCAGACUUUCAUCCAUGUUUAAGGGCCUUGGCGGGAAAACCCAAGCAAAUUCUCAGCACCCGCCGAGCACUAGCAACACCACCAUGCUUUCGGAUUCCAAGCCCCUUCCACCCAAUCCCAGCUAUAGUGCUCCGGUUCAGUCUGUAAUGGAUAGGUUCACACGACCUAGAGAGGCGUCCAAAGAGAGACCUGCUGAACAGCCCAGGUCUUUCGUGCCACCCAAUCGCCCAAGUAUGGGUCAGCAACCGCAGUUCAUCCAAACCCCAUUAGUGGUACCUUCGACCGACUUGCAUCGUGAUGCAAGGGUGCCCAUGACAUCUGGUGCCUCAAAUGGUUUUCCACCUCUACAACCACCGUCCAUGCCCCAAGCCCAGGCUCAGUCGUACCAAGUAACCCAGUCAGGAACACCAGAAAAUGGAAAGAAGAAAAGGUUUUCUGGAUUUGGAGCUUUGUUCAAUCGAGGUGGUGUGAGCGGCGACGGGCCGGCUGCGAAGUCCAAGUUGUCAAAAGAAGGAAAGAAGGCACAGAAGGCUCAACGGAGCUCCUCUGUCCCUCCUGUUCAACCUCCACCAUCUCAAUGGCUGCCUCAACAACAGCAAACAUAUAAGCCACAACAGUCCGGUUUGGCAUAUUAUCCUCCUGGACAACUGCCGCCACAUACUGUGCGUAAUGAGCCACCCAUGGGUCCAAAGCUAGGGUUAUCUCAGCCAGCACCACAUAUGAAUUCUCAAGGACCACCUCAACAGUAUCAACAGGUGCAAAAUAUGCCGCCGGCACGGAAAUCGAUGUCCAAUACGCGUCCGGAAGAAGGCUCUGCAUUCCUCAAGACAAAGCAGCUAGCGAUGGAACACCAAGCUCGGCAGAGUAGUUUGCAGUCACACCACCCUCUUGCUUCUAAUGCUGGCAAUGCAGCACAAUCAUCAAGCCGAAUGUCUGAAAGCACUGUUCCCCACAUGCGUCAUCCAAGCUCGGGUCCUCCUAUUGGUGGAUACUACAAACCUCAAGCUGAGCGACCUUCAGCUGAACAGGGAGCCUACGCAGCUUCUUUAGCUGCGCGGCAACAAGCAGAGCAGCACAAACAGCAGCAGAUACCUCCACAGGGAGCCUAUGAGGUAUCGCAGGCUGAGCGACAACAGGAGAGGCAGCAGUCUGCGGGAAGGCAAAGUGUUCAUAGGGAUCCUCGUCAUACUCAGCAAUCGGAACGGCAAACACAUCCUGGCCCGUCGCCAGAGCAACUCGCUCACCAGGCCUGGCUUGCACAACGCGAGCAACUACGGCAACAGGGGAGACUCACCAACGAACACGAUCGGUCAUCGCUGAAUGACGAUGCGCGAGUCCAGCAACUGCACCUACAACAGCAGCAAGACCAACACAUGGAACAACGGCAGCCGAACAAUGCCCAACCUCUUCCCUACCAUAACGCGUCCGAACCCAGACUUCAACACUCUUCUCAAGAAGCUGUUCCUAUUUCUCCACCACCUGUUUCUCCUAUGCAAGAGCCCAGAUAUGACGCACCUCCGAUACCAGCCGCGUAUAAUCCUGUUUCUGGGGCUUUUAUAUCCCCACUUGACCGGGAGCAGCAGCCCAUACCAAAUCAAUUUCAUCGUCAAGAUUCGGAACCUAGAAUGCAAACGGUAUCGCCACAGAUAUCUGCACAGUCUCCAGCUCCUCCCAACGGUCGAUCACACUCAGAUGCAAGCACUAUGUCUCUAGUAUCGCCAAUCUCAAACUCACCAGCCUUACUUAAUUCUUCUCCACCUCCUGUUGGGCAGCGUUACCAGAAGCCAAGGAUGAGUAGUAUCUCCGAAGUACAUCAACAAGACCGCCCAUGGCACCUCAACUUCCCAGAGGGCGCCACUGAACAGGAGAUUGUUCGAGCACGUCAGGGACAAUACAUGCAAGAGCGCUUCACUGCUCAACAACAGCAACAGGCUGAGAGAGCUGCUAGCUCACCAUCGCCUCGUGCAUCGCCGGAACAGAUGACGCCAACGACUGUGCCUUCACAUGCUCAAUCACAGGGCGGCGGUUUCAGAGAACUUCUACCCCGGCACUCUUCACAGCCUGAUCCAGAAUCACAGGUUACACAGUCUAGUCACGAUCUGCAGCCCAUGGUCCAUCGCGAUGCAACUCCUGUACAGCCCACGCCGAUACGUCCUGGACAAUCUCCACCACCCGCAGCGUACCCUCUCCCCAUGUCGCCUGACCCGACGCUAAUAGGUAGUCCUGUGAAUCCCACCGCAAGCGGUUUACCGCCACCUCCACCCCCGAAGGUCGCCCACAGCCCUGUGCGGCCUGGAUUUGGCAGUACGCAACCAUUUUCAUUCGAGAAUCAACGACAACAGUUCCAUCAUCCCUCGUCUCGAGAUGAUGGAUAUGGUUCGUCACAAAGGGUCGUGCCACAGUAUGACGAGCAGGUACCAGAUGAAGCUCCACCGUCGUACGAUGGUCUCGGUGUACCCAACGACGGAAUGAACAAGAGUCGUCCAGAAGCACUUCGACCACCUAACAUCACGACGAAUCUGGAGUAUGAAUCACGCGGCCGACAACCAGGAUCUCGACCACGUCAACCAUCGAUUGGUAUCCUGCAGCACCCACAACCAGCCUCGAUGGCUGCAUCACCCCAACGCACGUCACCGGACAUGGGUGCCGAGUCUCUGCGUCGCCAGCUUCUGCAGCAAGAAAAUCUCGCACACAUGGAACGCGUCCAGCGCGAACAAGAGCAGCGCGAAAGACAUGAACGUGAGAGGCUAGAGCGCGAGGCUGCAAGGGCAAGAGCCAGAGAGCUUGAACGGAGUGCAUCUGGUGGCGGACAGGUCCCCAGCCUAAGGAGCGUUGGUGGUAGUACUACUGGGGGACCUUCAGGCUGGGAGAGACGCGGAAGUUAUAGCAGACCGGUGUUUGAGUUGCCUGCUGUUGAGGAUGACGAACCCACUAUGAAGGCGACUAGCUACCCUGGACAGGAGUGGGUACCGCCUAUGUGGGAUGGUGACUGAGCCCUACGCCCUAAUUCGCCCUUUUUCUUUUCUCCACAAUCGUCUCAGUCGAGUUUCCACUAUCUGUCAUAAUCCCUAUUCAUAAUUCCUUGGAAGCGAUAGGGUCUCGUUUUUCCUUUUCGCGUAUACCACCACAUCAUCGCAUCUAGGUCUAUCUACGCGUUUUGAGCAAAUUUGGAUACCCCAAUCGUUUCUUUCUGUACACAUCGGACAGUUUCGGUCUUAUUUUUCCUAUGAUUGUACGGUUCCUGUGUUUAGAUGUUUAAUCGUGGCCGAACUCAUAGGCUGAUUUGAAGUUGGGCACAACGGUGUCAGUCUCGUAUAUAUGUCCCCGUAUUUAGUAAUGUAAUUUGCUAUACCAUAAGCAAGAUUUACUCAGCAAUAC